GAUACCGGAGGAGGCGGAGGGAUCUGCGGUGGCCAUGGCCGCGCGGCGGAGCGCUGCGGCCCGCAGAGUCCGCCGGGCCUCGGCCCGCGGCAGGAGCCGCACGGAGGAGGCCUGGAGGGAGUUCGCCGCCUCCUUCGCCCGUGCCGGUAUGGUGCCGCCGGCGGAGCCGGGCUUGGCGGCCGUGGAGGCGGCGGAGGGCGCUGCUGUCCUGCUCCUGGCGCCGCGGCAGGCGCUGACGUUCACCGGGAAGUGCCGCCUGCGCUGCCUGUACGGCGCCGUCCGCCUGCUGGGCUUCGCCGUGGGCUCGCACCAGCCGGCGCUGCCGGUCUUCUCCCCGGCCACCCACUGCUCGCUCACGCUGGAGGCGCUGCCCGCCGAGCGGCCGCCGUCCGCCGAGCUCCGGCAGCUGCGGGCCGCGGCCCGCGGAGCCAUGCGGGCCCACCGCGUUCGCCGCCAGGCUCGGGUGAAGGUGAUGUCCCGGUUCUCCCCCGAGUGUGCCGUGGUGCUGCUGGAGCACCUGGACACGCCGGUGACACGGUUCCUGCUGAGCCACCCGCCGCUGUCCCGGCUCUUUGAGCCGCAGAAAAACGAAGACUCCAUCUUCACGUCCGAGGAUGCGGUUCUGGCGUCGGUUGGCAUCGUGAAGUGCAGCCCCGAGCACGGGCUGCUGGUGUCCGAGAGCAUGGGGCUGGCUCUGGAGGAGCUGAUCCAGGCGUGCUGUGAGGAAGAUGAAGGAGUUCCUGUGGUUCUGGUGUGUGGCCCUAAAAACACUGGGAAAUCGACGUUCAACAGAUACCUGAUCAACCUGUUACUGAAUCGCCUCCCUGCGGUUGAAUACAUGGAAUGUGACAUAGGGCAGACCGAGUUUACACCACCGGGAUGUGUGUCACUGAGCAGUGUAACGGAGCCAAUUCUGGGUCCACCAUUCACCCAUCAACAUACCCCACGCAAGAUGGUGUAUUAUGGGCAGACCAGUUGUGAGCAGGACACAGAGAGGUACCUCGAUGUGGUGAAGUACGUGUUCAGCUCCUACAAGAAGGAAGUGCCUUUAGUCAUCAACACCAUGGGCUGGGUGAAAGGUGAGGGGUUGCUGCUUCUCAUUGAUAUCAUCCGGCUGUUGUUACCCAGUCACAUCGUGCAGAUGGAUGUGUACGACUGGAAGGCCAUGGCUCCGCUCACCCCGGAGUACGUGCACCUCACUCCUGGCCUCUACACCAAGGGCAAGCAGCUGGCCAAGUGCAAGCAUGGAGGGGAGAGCUGGAAGGCCUUGGAAGGGGAGGGAGAUGCCUCGGUUCCCGAGUACAAGCUGCUGUAUGUCCAUCCGGAGUUCCCUCGAGCAGGGGUUGCAGGUGAAGCGCGAGUGCACAGCGGCAUCCUGCGGGACAUGUCCAUGCUGGGCUACCUGGGCCAGCUGCAGGCCCCGGACAUCGGCUCCGUGCUUCCACUGCACAGCCUUGUGCCGUACCAGGUACCUUUCAGUGCUGUUGCCCUCAGGGUUAUUCACACUGACGUUGCUCCUACCAACAUCAUGUAUGCUGUGAACGCCAGCUGGGUCGGGCUCUGCAGGAUACCAGAGGAGAUCAGAUGCCAAACUGAUGGACCAGUGCUGCUGGUACAGACACCAGUCUGUGAUUGCCUUGGCUUCGGAAUUGUCCGAGGGGUUGACAUGGAGAAGAAGCUGUACUACAUCCUGACGCCGGUGCCUCCGCACAGCCUGAGACUAGUGAACUGUCUGCUCCUUGGCAAUGUUGCUGUUCCCAACUGUGUCCUUGUGGGCCAGCAAGGAGUCGAGGGCGAUAUCCCCUAUGUGACAUCCGAUUAUAACUACAGCAUCCUGGGCUCUGGAAAACUGAAAAAGAAGAAGCAUUUCAAGAGGAGGGAGUACGCAUUCGAGUGUGAUUAUGCCUAGAGCCUCAUGGGCUCGGACUGCGGGAUUCAUUCUGCUCUGUGUGGAGCCCGGAGCAGUGGCAGAAGUGCUGGGUGCCACCGGGCUCUGGCUGUGGAUGCACAGCACAGCUGCUUUUAUAAUGUUUUAUAUUUUCCAUUUGUAUUUCGGUGUUUUGUAAUAAAUAUCUAUUUAAACAUG